AUGAGUACAUCCUCUGAACCGAACCAGAAUAUCCGGGGAUACGAGCCUGGCGAAAUCGCCGCCAAGGGCUGCGUCACUGUCGACAUUGUGAUCGCUGACUUGGGCGUCACUCUCCAGGCACUCAUCGAUUCUCAAUAUGUCGACAGCAAGACCAUGUCCCACAGACCAGGGAUAAUCCUCAAAUAUCUCCCCUAUCUAUACGACGGAAUCACCGGAAAGCUACUCACGGGCGGGCUGUACCUGUUUGACACGUACGAGGAUGCAAAGGACUAUAUACGCUGGGCAAGCGAGGAAUUCGAAGUCGGCGAGCCAAAGGUCAAGUUCACCGAGCAGCCCAUGUUCAAAUCCUUCACGGACCAGGUCUGGAAGACCUGGUCCUGCUCCGAGCCAGACGCCGAACCCAAGCUCCAGUCGCUGUACGCAAAGGUGAAGAAUGCUGCAGAGACUGGAAACGCCGCGUCCGUGUGGCUUCUCUACGAUCCCAGCACGAGGAAAGUUGGGCUGCAGUUGGCGUUUAGGAAACAAGGCGUAGCCGAGCCUUCGGCGGCAGCACGAGAUCUCCGCGAUGCAGGCUGGACCGCUUUGGGGGAUGUCUUGUCCCAGCAGCUCCAUCUGAAGCCCUUGUUUGACAGAACGGGCGUGCUGCUGACGUUGUGGUUGCCCAGGUCGAGGGCGGCGGGUGGCUCGGAACUGGCGAUCCCUUACUAUCCCGUGGUUCCCGACAUCAGCCAUAAUUACUUCAGAGGUUCCACGCACUAG